GUCAGAAUUGGCGGGUCGUGCAGGCUUGGUGCACCUUUUGUCUGAGCUACAACGGGGUCUCCAUUUACCCACGAAAACCCUCUGUAUCCAAUAAUUUUCCUUAAGCAUUUCAGACACACUGCAGCAUUUUAAACCAGUCCUCUGAGCUAAACACUCGCCCGGGUGUUGCUGUUCAUUUUGUUUUAUUUGAGAUCGAUUUAAAGCUCGUUUGACGUUGAUAAGGAACCGGAAGGUUCCACAGAAUCUACUCAACCAACAUGAGUGAACCAACAGAAACCACCGUUGUCCCUCCAGUUGUCCCAUCAGAACCCUCCCCUCCACCGGACGCCAAGCUGGAGGCUGCAGGAGGAAAGAAACAGACCAAGAAGAAGGUGGAGGAGGUGGUAGAAGAGGAAGAAGAAGAAUAUGUGGUGGAGAAAGUGCUGGACCGGCGGGUGGUGAAGGGCAGGACUGAGUUCUUACUCAAAUGGAAGGGCUUCACAGACGAAGACAACACAUGGGAGCCCGAGGAUAAUCUUGACUGCCCGGACCUGAUCGCAGAGUUCAUGCAAAACUAUAAGAAGCCUAGAGAGGGUGAGAAGAAAGAUGGCAAAAGAAAAGGCGAGUCAGACAAUGAUACAGGAGCUGAGGACAGACCUAAGAAGAGACGAGAGGAGCAGGAGAAGCCCAGAGGCUUUGCCCGCGGCUUGGAUCCUGAGCGCAUUAUUGGAGCCACAGAUUCCAGUGGAGAGCUAAUGUUCCUCAUGAAGUGGAAAAACUCAGAUGAAGCAGAUCUUGUGCCAGCAAAGGAAGCCAACGUGAAGUGCCCACAAGUAGUUAUUUCUUUCUACGAGGAACGACUAACAUGGCACUCAUACCCCACUGAUGAAGAGGAGAAGAAAGACGACAAGAACUAACCCAGAAGGAAAAAGGUCGGAGGGUUGGGGAGGGAACGGGUGGUGCUGGAGAAAACAUGGAAGUUCUAACAACAAGGUUGAAGAAGCGGGCAGCAAAAACUCAUUUCUAACUUUUUUGCCAUAAACCUUGGACAAUUGAUGCCGUGUAAAACACCCAAGCAUGUAGAGGCGGAGUCAUCGGCAGGAUAUUUACAAGUCGUAAAGAUUUUAGGAGGAUGAAGUGGGUGUUUGUCUGUAUAAUAAUCGCUUCUCAUUCAGUUUCCUUUUUUUUUUAUUUGCUGGAUUAUGGGAAAUCUAGUCUGACAAGCUGCUUGUAAUACUACACAAUCCAGUCAGAAUAUUAUGACCACCUAUUGUUUCUACACAUAUAGGACCCUUCUGUUUCAGUGAACAGUUUAUUAUCUUCCUUUUACCAAGUUCUUCAAUGAUCAGGACCUUUUAGUACCACCACAGAUGAGGUAUUUAUUUGGUUGAAGGUCAUUCUCAGCACUGCAUUGAUCUGACACAGCAGUGCUGCUGGAGUUUUUAAAGACAUCAGUGUCAGUACUGGAUUAAGAAUAGUCCUUCAACCAGAAAUAUCCUGUGGGCAGCCUCCUGUGACCAUUCAUGGUAGAUUAGAGGAUGACCAGGACAAACAAAGUAAUUUAAAGCAGGAUAAUAAAGUAUGUGAAAAACAGAAAUACUAGUCUGUAAUUAUAGAACUGAAGUUUUCAUCUCAGUUGAGCUGACAAAAUUCACAAUAUGGUGUAGAAAAAAGAAGUAAAGUCCUAAUAUGCUGACUGGACUGUAUACAUUGGUAAUGCUAAGCUGUUUAUGCCACUCGAGUGGACUGUCUUCAUUGUAAGUGUUUUUACCUUGAUAUAAAAAUUAAACACAUUCUCUUAGUUAAUGUGAGGGCCACUAUACAUAAUGUUCAUCCAUACACCUACAUAUAUUUUUGACUCUCUCUUCAGCUGUUCAGUACUGUUUUAUGUGUACAGUGUGUGUUGGUAUUUUAAGACAGGAUUCCCACUGGAUAUUUGGAUAUUUUCGUACAUUAUGAAAUACAGACUCCUAAUCCUUCCUUUAAAAAAAAAAAAAAAAAAGAAGAAAGAUAAAAUCAUACUGUGUUGAGGUGUAAAGAUGUAUAGACGCAGCUGAGUAAUCAUUCUAAGAGCGUCUGAAGCUCUAAGCCAAGCCUUUAUAGCAUCAAAUAUCACAGCACUAGUAGCACAGUGGCUGAUCUAGAUGUCCCAGCUGACUGAGGUCAGGUCUUUUUGUUUUGAGAGACAGCAGUGUGUAUAGUAAGCUGCAGUGUACUUUUCUUUACUUUAUAUUUUUUUGUUUUCUACUUGGUUGUAAGUAAUGUCUUGCUUUCUUUUCCUCCUUUCUCUAUCUACAUUGUGAGUAAAUCAGUCUGUGUUGUUGUCUUCACAAAGUUCUAUAUGAAUUUAACCACUGAGAAGUGAAUGACUGUUUUAAAGAUUCCCCCCAAGUCCCUGUCUUGGUAAGCAUCAAUAUUUCCAGUUCAUUUUCAGUUCUGUGCUGUUGGUGCAAUUUGUUUGAGUAAGAAUCUCUUCGCUGCAUUUCAUAGUACAAAAGGCUGCUAGUUAGUGAUGUACGGGAAUACAUUUUGGUCAAAACCGAACAAAACUAAACAUUUAAAAACUAAACAAGGCUGAAUGUGGAACACUUUUUUUUUUUUUUUUUUUUUUUUAAAUACAUUUCCCACUUUUUUUUUUUGUCUUGCUGUAAAAAAAAACAACCUUUAUCUUAACCUUGUUUUUCACAGUAUAUUCCAGUGAAUUUACUUAACAGUGCAAUUCCAGUCAUAAAUUUACCUCAGUAGUGCUAUUCUAAUGAUAAGUGUACCUCGGUAGUGCUACAAAUUAUAUUUAAGUGAGAUUUACAAAACAUAAGGUUACUAUCCUAGUUCUAAUCAUUCACCUGGUAAACCUGUAGCCCAUUUUUGCCCAAAUACGUUUGGUAGCCGAGUAUUUGGUGCAUACCUACUGCUGGUCAUGCAAGCAUAUAGUUACAUUUUAAACAGGAUAUAGAUAAGAAUUGACAAUUCUGAUUUUUUUUAGCUUUCA